AUGGCAUCAGUUUUGACACCAUUUUCGCCACCAGACUGGAGUAACAGACUGUCACACAUUCCUAAAUAUUUUGUUAGGCUUGGUAAUAUGAAUACACCAAUCCAUGAGUGGAGACUUCCGAAUGUACCCAGUGGUUUUAAAGUUUACAUUAAGAGAGAUGAUAUGCCUGGGUCAACAUUGUCAGGUAAUAAGGUCAGAAAACUAGAGUUUUUAUUUGCUGAUGCCAUUGACAAAGGCUUUAAGAAUGUAAUCACUUGUGGUUUUAUUCAGUCUAAUUUUACCAGGUCUGCAGCAAUAGCUGCAGCACAGCUUGGGUUGAAGUGUCAUCUUCUGUUAGUAAAUUGCAGUGCCAACCUAACAUAUGAAGGAAAUGUUUUAUUGGACAAAAUGAGUGGCGCAAAUAUCUAUUUAAUAUCAUACAGGCCAAAUCCGAGCAAGUAUGGGAAAAACAUAACACCAAGAAUGGAAAAACUAGCAGCACAUAUCAAGAAGGAAACAGGAGAAGAUUCUUAUUUGUUACCGAUUGCUGGAGCUAAUGUUGUUGGAUUAUAUGGUUAUAUAGCAGCAUUCCAAGAAAUGAUUUCUCAGGGAAUUUUAGAAGAGUUUGAUGAUAUUGUGGUUACCUGUGGAAGUGGUGGAACAGCGGCUGGACUUUGUAUAGCUAACUAUCUAAACCAAUCAAAACUCAGAAUCCAUGCAAUAGCUAUUGGUGAUAACAAGCAAUCAUUUAUGGAACACAUCAACGACUCAAUAAAAGAAGUCGGACUUGGUGAUUCGGUUUGUGCUGAUGACAUAAUAGAUAUUGUUGAUGGUUAUAAAGGACGUGGGUAUGGCUUAUCUACUCCUGAAGAACAAGAAUUUAUUCAGUCAGUGAGCAAAAAUACUGGAAUUAUAUUAGAUCCUUGUUAUACUGGUAAAGCAGCAAAUGGGCUAGUGCAAGAACUAACAUCAAAUCCAGAUAGGUUCCAAGGAAACAGAAUUUUAUUUAUACAUACAGGUGGAAUUUUUGGUUUAUUUGAUGGAAAGAUGGAUUCCUAUUUAAGGCAGAGAAAACAUCCAGAACCUGUGGUAUUAUGGAAAGAUUUGGAUGACUUAUCAAUAUAGAUUUAUUGAAAAUAAUAGACACCGGU